CCGAGUCCGCGCGUGCCCGAGAGAGCACCUGUUUUGGCCCCGCGAAGUCGGAGCAGCCUUUGCUUGAAGCGCGCAAUAACGGGCGGCGAUGAGCGGUCGCUGGUUCGCAGGGGCAGACACCUUAGCUGUCGCAGCUGUUCGUGAAAUGCGCACACGGCAGCACCGUAAACGUAUGCGCACUGAUACACACAGCGACGACACGACGCGCGAUUCCCGCUCCAGGCGCGCCGCCACGGAAUCUAGGCUGCGCAUCGGCUUUUAUUCGCGGACGAAAUGAUUUCCUUUUAGCCCGGUUUCAGGCGGUGGCGAGUCGCCCGCUAGCGCGGAGCGCGCACCGCGAAGUUGCAGCUAGCACGGAGGAGAUGGCCGCGCAGUGGAGCAAGCUCCCAAGCUCCCCUACCCCGAGCGCCACCAAUGGACCUGGUCCGGCAUGUGGACGGCGCCAUCUCAUUGGAUGACGAGAGUUCGCUUCUCCCGUCGUAUGUGUCGGAACGCCGCGAGCCCAAGCUUGUCCCGCUUCGGAAACGGGUUGUUUGGUGCAAAAUCACAUCUUCCGACGUCAAAAAGUGUCGCCCGAACACUGUGAAACCAACGAGGAUGUGGUGCAACAGUUGUGAAGCAUACCCGGAGGGAUAUUCAGCGCGUCCCGCGACUGCUUUGGCUGAUGAGUGAUGAAGCGCGAAGCUGAAUGGAAGCCGUAAGACGACGACAGGGGCCCACCAAGAUGGACCAUGAGGAGGAAGAAGACGUGGACGAUCCGAAGCAAGACAGUGGAUCUGGCCACAGCACUGAGAGCGAAGAAGCCACUGACCAGUCCUCGGGCUCUCCCAGCAGCGAAGGAUCUCCUAAGCAUGAUGAUGAAAUGGGUGAAGUCUCCCAGGACAACACCGAUGACAACACUGACGUUGAUGAUGGGCAUGAGCCACAGAAUGAGAUCCGCGAUGGUGAGUUCCAGUUCCAGGUCCAGAGCUUCCAUAUUGUGACUGUUAAUGCCCGACAAGGGAAGAAGCAGUUCAAGUGUGAUGUCUGCACAGGAACCUACCAGCAUGCUUUCAGCCUCAAGAGACACUUUCUCAGGACGCACGUUAACUACAAGUACCUGUCAGAAGCAGACAUCACAAACUGUAAUAUCAAUCUUAAUCAGGUGCGUCAGUUGCGGGAAGAAAGUGACUCCUUGCUGGGCACUGCUUCAGGUGAAUCCAAGUUCUUAGGGCUGUAUCGUUGCCACCUGUGUUCCACUCUCUUUGACUUAAGAGAUGAAUUAAAAGCGCAUGUUGGCAGCCAUGUGGAUGAUAAUGGCCAGAAAGGUUUCAGUUGUGGCCACUGUGAAAUGACAUUCACUCACCGUCAAAACCUUGUUCGUCACCAGUCCGUCCAUUCAGGAGAGAAGCAGUUUUUCUGCAGGCAUUGUGACAAGAGCUUCCCGACUCAAGCGAACCGACGGCGCCACGAAAAGACUCAUGAGAGCUCGGACUUGCCUUUUCCUUGUUCAUUUUGUGCAGCUUCAUUUGAUCAUGGUGUGCACUUACAGAAGCAUCUCAGGAAGCACCACCCCGAGCAUUACUACCCAUGUGAGUUGUGUUCCAAGUUUUUUCUGGAGGAAGGGCAGUUAAAGAAACACAGGGCCACACAUCGAGUUCCCAUCGAGGGAUCAUCAUCAAAAGGAUGCAAGCCACCAGAUGCACAUGCUGUCUUCAGGCGAAAGCGUGUAAAAGGCUUUGAGCCUGAAAACAAGUAUCUCUGCAGCAUCUGUAAGCGUAGGUUCACAACAUUUAUAAGUUUACGCCAACAUAAGAUAUCUGCCCACGCAGCAGUGCAGCAAGAGAAACGAACGCGUUCCCUGCAGCCACGGAAGGAGCCAAUAUCUGUCCGAUCUCGCUCAGCCAAGCCAGCUGUGAAGGAAAUGUCUGAGGAAGAAUUCUACAUGACAAUUGCUCAUCGCAUCUCUGAAAACCUGCUCUACCACCUGGAUGGGAAGUCUACACAGCUCAACAUAAAGCAGGAUCCAUGUGCCUUUCCAGAGGAGAAGAGUGAGAAGGCAACUGUUCAGUACAGCAUUCAUAACUUCCCUGCUGCUUUUGAUAUUACCCAAAUGAUGCAGAUUUACUCAAAUCGUGUUCCAUCUAGCAACCAUGGAGUGUCUAAUGAUGGCUCAGACAACAGUGAAGAAACAGAGUGUAUCUUCCUGGGAGGUUCGCAGCAGGACCACAGCUGGUCUCAAAAGAGCAAUGGCGUUGCUAAUUUUAGGUCGCAGAAGGCUGGAGAGAAUGUGAUAGGACGCAACGUCCCUGUGACCUUUAUAUGCUCAGUGUGUGCAUCAAAAUUUAGCUCGAGGAAGGCCAUUGAUGAACAUAAGAUCAAUAAUCACCCAAAUGUUGUGUGCACUCAUGUGGAAAUAGAAGGAGAAAAAGAAGUGCCCCCUGAAUUGUGCUGGACAUUCACAAGUCCUGUCGGGUUCCUCCAGAGCAACACAGCCGCAAUGAGAGCUGACCCAGUGCCAGCACAGGAGAACCUUGUCUGCACCAAGUGCAGCUCAAGCUUCACUUCUCGUGUUGACCUCCACCAGCACAUCCUGGACUGUGGUACCAACUCAGGCUUUCAGAAGCAGCUAACUAAGGGUUACAGUGUGCAUAGCCGCCUUGGAUGCUCUGCGAGGCAGCUUAAUGUGGCCAGCAGAGAAGUUCAUGUGAAGGGAAAGAAGAGGCCGCAAAUUUCUGAGAGUCCCUUUGCAGAGGCUAAACGUGCUAAGGCAGGGGUCUGCUCACCUCAGAAUGAUGAGCAGGCCCUCGAUUUGAAGAUGCAUUCUGGAAACACUCCUGCCGAAUCUGUCCCAGACAUGGUUGUUGAAGAUGACACAUCUUCUGUUGUAGAACAGGACGAUGCGGUUAAGCAAGUUGAAAGUACAGGGCACACAGAAAACACAGAUACUGAUGUUUCUGUUUCACAAUAUGCAGGAGGUGAACAUGAAGCAACUGCACUUGGCACUGUUGUUGAAAGUGCAGUUGCAGACAUUGAAAAAGUGGAAGAAUCGGACACAGGUGCUGUGCAGUUGGACACAGCUGUUGUGGAUGACUCUGAUAAUAUGCAGCAAUCUAGUCCUGAAGAAUUAGUUGUCAGUGCACCCAGCAACGACACACAUGAGGCUGCACAAAUUGUGGAAAAGACGGAUGACAUGCCUCCCAGUGUACCUGAAUCAUCUCUUAAAGAUGAUGUCUUGCCACAGUCUCGAGAAGACUCAUGCGAAGAGGUCAAAGCUGAAAGUGAUCAAUUUGAGUUUGCAGACAUUGAGCAGGCACCAUCUCCCAUAUUUGGUGAGGGUAGAAGAGUUCUCAGAAGCAAGACUGCAGCAGCCAGUAAUGCCACUGGUGGUGCUUCUUCUGCUCUUGUAAAUUCUCACACAUGCAGCACCUGCAAGCGAAGUUUUACGUAUCUGGCUAGCUUGAAAAAACACCUGAGAGAUAUUUGUCCCAACAAAAAGGUGGCUGGACAAAAGGUUGUAAAGCGACGAAAGGCUGGGAAGAUCUCUAGAAAGGAAAGCACUUCAAGUGAGAUUCAAACAUGCACAGAACCUGUGCAGGAUGACACAGAUGUGAAGAAGGAAAACACUGAAACUGCCAGUUCCUGCUUGUUAAGUUCAGUUACCUUCCCUGAAGAAGCCGAUACAAGUGGUCUUGAACUUCUUGCCAAUGCUUCCAUGGAGCGGGCAGCCCCCAGCUGCCCCAGUGGGACAUCUUGGUCUCCUAGCAGCUGUCCUGUAAAUCCACCACCCAGCACUCUCCAGGCUAAAGAACCUGAAAGUAAAGUGCUGUCUGCACCACCUCGCAGGCUUAGAGGAAAAGAACGCGUGGAUGAUGCCUCCUCUGAAGCCUGUGACGUUGACCAUAAGCCAGAUAUCAGACCCCACUCACAGGAGCACACCUGCCCCUACUGUCUUCACUCAUUUGCCUACCUUUCGAACUACCGAAAACACCUUCGUGAAGUGUGCCUUUUAAAGAAGAAGGCCAAGCAGAAUGGAGAUGGCAAUGAGUCCUUGUUCAGCGCCAAGACAGCUGGCUCAGAUGAGUCUCGUUCUCUUGUGGACAGAGCUGAUGGUCCUUCUACUAUUACCAUGUCCUUCAAGGGACGCAUUGAAAAUUCAGUCAUCAAUCUGCUUAGGAGCCAGUCAAAGCAGGUAGAACUGAUUGGGGCCCAGGCAGCUGCAGUCAAGGAUCAACCCGGUGGAGCCAAUCAUUCCUCACCUAACUUUAUGACUUUCUCAUGCCCGGUGUGCCACAAGAUCUUCCUCUCGUAUGUCAAGAUGCUGCAACACCGCCUUUCUCACAAGCUCCAGACAGAUGAGCCAUCAGUAAAGGAGGAGAAGGCAGAUGUUCCUGAUGUAGCAGAUUCCCACGAUGUAGAAAUGCCUUUAGCUGAUGAUGCAGGACAGAGUUUGGAUAAUGUACGACGGAGUGAUCGCAUUCAUUCUUCUGCAUCUGCUUCCAUUGUGAAAACAGAUGAAGAUCAGCGCUUCGAUGAAAUUCUUGUAGGUGUGCGAGGUGGUGAAGGUGUUGAGAACGAUGCCCUUGAGGAGGAGCUGAAGAGAGAAGAGCACAACUAUGCCGUUUCUCUGGCUGAGCUGGACAGUCUUCCUGAUGAAGAUGAUGGUGAGGAUGCAGCUGAAGGGGAGGCAACCAAGGAAUCCCCCAGCCCUGUUGAAGUGGCACCUUCAGAAGCCAGCACUGAAACCAAGCCAGCAGUUACACCCAAGAAAACUGCUGCUGGAAAGAAGAGCCCAGCAAGUGAGAAUGGGAGCAAGGCGCCUGCUAAGGAUAAGGUGCGGCGUGGAAUGCGAAGACUCUCCGGCAGGACAUCUAAGACUACAUCCCGGGACAAGCAAUCUCUGGCACUUCAAAAGGCAGCCACGUGCCUCCUUACCUUUGCAGCGAGUUCAACCAUGGCAGAAACUACUGGUAUGCAUCUGGCUGCCGACCUACUCGCUGAGAAGCCGCCUUCUAAAGCAUUUGCAGUACUGUGCAACUCCCGUGCUGCCUGGCUGGCCUUCAAGCAACCAGGAAAGGCUGGCUUCAGCACAGCACUCCUGGCCACAAAACUAUCAUCUCCUUCCGGCAUGGAACAAGCAGCUCCUAGUGGAGUGGCUAGCAGCGGUACCGCAAAUGAGCCACUGUACGGUAUGCAGCCAAAAGAAUUUGAAAGUAAGAAUCUGGCUGCAGCACGUGGCAAGCCCAAAAGAGAAGAACCAUCAGAUGUCUCCGAGCGCAGUGGUCACCGUAAGCAUGAGAUCAAACGCAAUGCACAGGAGCACACCUGUCCAUAUUGCCUUCAUCCGUUUGUCCACCUCUCCAACUACCGAAAACACAUUCGCGAAGCAUGCCUUUUGAAGAAAAAGAAGAAUAAGCGAAAUGAAGAUGGCAAUGAAGCCGUGAUUAGCCCAAGGACACCUGGCACAGAUGAUUCUCGUUCUAUCUCGAGAGCAGAUUGCCCUGCUGCUACAAACAUGUCCCUUAAAGAGCCAGUUGAGAACUCAGUCAUCAACAUGCUUAGAAACCAGUCGAAGCAGGUGGAACUGAUUGGAGCUCAGGCAGCUGCAGUCAAGGAUCAACCUUAUGGGGCCAACCAGUCUCCACCGAAUUUCAUGACUUUCUCAUGCACGGUGUGCCACAAAAUCUUUCUCUCGUACGUCAAGAUGUUGCAGCACCGCCUUUCUCACAAGCUCCAGACAGAUGAGCCAUCAGAGAAGGAAGAGAAGACGGAUGUGCCCGAUGCAGUAGCUGAUGUAGAGAUGUCUUCAGUGGCUGUAGCAAGACAUAGUCUUGGUAGUGUGGGGCAAGUUGAUCACGGUGCUGCAUCUGUUCCUGUGGUAAAGUCAGAUGAAAAAUGCUUCAUUAAUAUUGUGGGUGCGCAAGGUAGUGAAGGUGUGGAGAGCUCUGUUGUCCAGGAGAAACUCGAGAGAGAAGAUCCCAACUGUGUGGUAUCUCUGGCUGAGCUAGACAGCCUUCCUGAUGAAGAUGAUGGUGAGGAUGAAGGGGAGAAGAAGGAGGAUUCUCUGAGCCCUUUUGAAAAGGGGCGUUCAGAAACCACCACUGGAAAGGCAGCUCGUGCAACCAGGAAGAGUAGUCCAGGCAAGAAGAGGCCAAGAAGUGAGCGUGCAUCAUCCAAGGACAAGGUGCAGCGCAAAAUUUCUGGCAGAGUAUUGAAGACCACUUCCCGGUGCCAGCAUUAAUAAUGCUGAAGGAAACUGGCUUGUGUUUUGCUAUGUAUAUUUUCAAAGUUCAUAAUUUAUAGCCGUGUUUGGUGUGGCCAUAUGCUGAUUGUCACAUGCUCGAGCAAUACCUCCUAAGUGCAACACAAUAUCUGUUAUUCAGAGUUAGAGAACUUGUGCUGAGGAAUGCAUUUUGGACGCUGAUGAACUGAUCAAUGUGUGCCUUGUGUGUUAGAUUAGUACUGUAAAACUGCUGAACCAGUGGUGGGUCUUUUGUUGCAUGUUGGCAUUUUGCAUGCAUGUUGGCAGGUAUAUUCUGAUGACCAGGAUUGACUGCUUGUAACUACUUUCCUUUUGCAAAACUCUUCUUGGCUGUAAACCAUGACAAAUGUGACCAAGUUUGUUACUGCAAUGACAGUGAACCAUGAGCGACAGAACCUGGACGGCUGAUGUGUGAAGAAGUAAAAGAGCCGACUUACCUAUACUCUGCUUGAUGAAGUUUGUCCAGGAGCAUCAUAUUUAUUAUGAAAGUAUAUAUUUGAUGUUGUUGGUAUGGCAUAAUUCACUCUACAUUAUGGAAAGGACAGGACAAAUGGCCAGAGAGGGGAUGGCCAGAGAGAAAGGAGUACUGACACAGAUAUCUCCCGAGUGUGCAGUUCUUUUGGCCUUGAUGGUUUCUUGUGUUAGGUGAACCUUGUGUCUGCUGAGAAUGUUGCAUUAUUUUAACAUAAGCAGGCACCCACACACCAUGUAAUGGGCUGACCAUCAGCCUUUGUGCAUAUGCUUGAUAUUGUAGUCAUGUUGUCUUAAUCUAUCACUAAGACAGCGACCAUAUGCCAGUCGUAGCGUUUACCACACGUAAGAAGUAUGGAGUAUACCGUGUUUCCCGCACACUCGACGUAAUUAUGUUUACCCGUUCUUGCUAGGGCAUUGCACUGCUAAGCUCGAGGCCGUGGGAUCAAAUCCCAGCCACGGCGGUCAUAUUUUGGUGCGGGAAAAAUGCAAAAACAUCUGUGUACCGUGCAUUGGGUGCACGUUAAAGAACCCCAUGUGGUCAGAAUUAGUCCGGGGUCCCCCACUACGGUGUCGCUCAUAAUCAUAUUGUGGUCAGACCCCAGAAUUUAAUUGUUUAACAUUAGUUUUUUUUUAAACUUUCUGAAUUUGUACGCAAUCACUGUAUGUGUCAUCCAUUUCAGCUGUUCGUUCAAUGUGCAGUGGAUUACAUCACAUUUAGCCUUUUCUUGCACUUGGAAAAUUGCCCAUCACUUUACGAUUGGUUGGGAAAGAUUGUACACACUUAUACUUAUUUUGUGACAUGUUAACCUAUUUGUCAUAUUGACUACUCUUAAUAUUUUAAUGGAAGGAUUCUUGACAUGUACAGCCUCCCGAAUUUUUAGCUAUAUCGCGCGAGCACACUACAAUAUGGUCAUACGUCGUCCUGAAGGGAACAUCGCAUAUUAGAUGACUUGCACAGGAGAGUACUUAAUGCACUUGAGAGUACUUCUGGCGGUCUCGCUGAUUAUCGCCGCUUAAAUGUGCUAAAAUGACGCGUGAUGGACGCUCGCGCGAUAUAGCUAAAAAUGCGGGAGGCUGUACAUUUACUGGAUGCAUGGUGUUAUCAUACUUCUGUUGCUUACUCAAGUUUGGUUGGUUACAAGAAGUUGUUGAUGGCAUCAAAGACCAUUGUAUCGAUGCCUUGCCAUGGAUUAAAUGAUGGUAUUGCGUGUCUUCCAGUACAAUUCUCAUACUUCUCGGAGUUUUAUCAUGCAUACUUUUGCAACUUUUGCACCCAUUAUAUUUUCAUAUAUGCACUUGAAAAGCUGUCAUCAAUUCACUGAACAUCAAGAAAAAAAUAUAUAUUCAUUUUUGCCAUUUAGGAUGUUUGGCUAAUUGAGGGAGAGUGCUUUUUGAUGAUUAAUAAACGCAUUUUUCUGUCGGA